AUGAGAUUCUCAAGAGGCCAACAGAGCAACUGUAAACCAAGAGGAAGAAGAAGAUCCAGCCUGUCUCACUGUAAAUCCAGUACACCAUGGACACCGGGGUUUCACCGCAAUUCUAAACCACGCAAACCUCUCACCCACCGGGCACCAUGUCAACGGGCCCUGGCCUUGGUGCACCUGACCUGGCCGAGGGCCCCCAAACUACAGGACCUGUUGGGCUCCAGACCCUGUUGGACCUUCUGGUAGGCGUCUACCAGGAGUUCUGCUCCUCGCCCUUUGCAAGGGAGAAGUAUGUCUCUGGUUUCCUGCAAUGGGCUGAGCCCCUGGUGAGGCAGGUGAGGAGGACUCGCAUCAAAAGAGAAGACUUUCACAUCCUGAAGGUGAUCGGUCGAGGCACAUUCAGUGAGGUUGCUGUGGCGAGGAUGCGAAGCACACAACAAGUAUAUGCUCUGAAGAUUAUGAAUAAGUGGGACAUGCUGAGGCGAGGAGAGACAGCAUGUUACCAGGAGGAGAGGGAGGUUUUACUGAGAGGCGACAGACGCUGGAUCACAGAGUUGCACUAUGCCUUUCAGGAUGACAACUAUCUGUACCUGGUGAUGGAUUACUAUGUAGGGGGGGACCUGCUGACUCUGCUCAGUAAGUUUGGAGACCGGAUCCCUGAGGACAUGGCUCAGUUCUACUUGGCUGAGAUGAUCAUGGCCAUUGACUCUGUCCACAGACUGGGUUAUGUUCACAGAGACAUCAAACCUGACAACAUCCUGCUGACAGCUGACGGACACAUCAGACUAGGGGACUUUGGUUCCUGUCUGAGGCUCCUAGAGGAUGGGAUGGUUCACUCAUCCCUAGCAGUCGGGACCCCUGACUAUUUGUCUCCAGAAAUUUUACGGGCAGUAGAGGGAGGUGGAGGUUAUGGUCCUGAAUGUGACUGGUGGGCUCUGGGGAUCUGUGCCUAUGAGAUGAUGCUGGGGACCACGCCCUUCUAUGCAGAGUCCAUCUCUGAGACGUAUGCAAAGAUCAUCCACUUUCAGGAGUAUUUUGAGUUCCCCCCUUCUGGCCCUGAGAUCUCAGACAAGGCUCGUUCCUUCGUCACUGGGCUCAUCUGUGAGAGGGAUGUCCGUCUGGGGAGGAAAGGCUCCAGUGACUUCAGGAGUCAUCCCUUCUUCAGUGGACUCGACUGGGGUUCCCUGCAUAAGCACCCUGCUCCCUUCCUGCCUGAAGUGUCUAAUGCAACGGACACCUCCAACUUUGACAUUCUGGAUGACAGUCUCAGUGAAAUGGAGACACUGUCUGAUGUGAUGGACAGAGCUCCAGUGGGAGUGCACUUGGCUUUUGUUGGAUACUCUUACACCGCUACCUGUCAGACGGGUGCCAUCGACCGCAGUCAAGACAUCAUGAUGCAGAUUGACCACACAAGGCUCAGGGACUGUGAGAGCCUUUACAAACCAGAGAAAACGAGCCAGCUGUGGCAGCUCACAGACACUCUACAAGACGGCCUUCCGGCUCUUAUGGAGCUCCCGCUAACUCUGGAGCAAGGUCCAACUGCAUCCACGCAGACCACCACUGAGGAGGAGGAGGUGGAGGAGGAGGAGGAGGAGGAGGAGGAGGAGGAGGAGGAGGAGGAGGAGGAGGAGACUGACCAAAUAUCAGGACUUGAUGACGGCUUGCAGAGACGGUUACAAGAAGCAGAGAGGAGAUAUUGCCAGCUGGAGAAAGAAAUGGAGAGAUUGAAGGGGGAGAUGCAGGACUGGAGAGCCCCCAAAGAGACAGCACUGAGUAUCUACCCAGCAUCUCUUGCUCUGCCUGCCCACUGUGUGGACCCAUCAGGGGAUAGGGAGAGAGCGCCCCCAGGCUGCCAUUACCCGCUGGUGAUUCCUCUCCACCGCCACCUGCUCCUGUUCCACAGGGAGAGGUAA